AUGUCAGCUCCGCUACCAGAGAAGCCUCUCUCGGGCCACUGCUCCGUUGUCGACAACAACACACUAUAUGUCCUAUCCCCCGACUCGUUCCAGGCUCUACCGCUCGUCGAGAAUGCUACAUGGACAUCAAUGCAGAUGGGCAAGCCCGUAACUGGUCACACAUGCCUUCGCGCAGUACCUACUGGAGAUGAAUCACAAUCUGCACUAUACGUCAUUGGUGGCACAUCAGAAGACGAAUCUUAUGGAGGGCUACAACGUUAUGUCUUCUCGAACAAGACUUGGGAGACUCUAGACCUGCCCACAGAAGACAUGAAGGGACGUAUAAACCACGGCGCUGCAUACUUGAGCGACUCUUCCUCUAUCCUUGUAUACGCUGGCUCACGAUCCGGCGUCGAGUUCUCAUCACAAACCUUCGUCAUCUCGACCCAAGAGCCUUUCAACAUUGAGUCGUUCACAUCUGAGGCCCCGACCGUUUCUAACCCUAUCCUCUUACCAUGGGAUGAAAGUUCUGCAGUACUAGUGGGAGGUUCAAAGUCAAACACUGGCGUCUGGACUUUCAGCAAGAGUAGCAGUUGGACCAGGCUCGAGACUAAUCUGACCUCAGCAUUACCGGACGGCGCAAAGGGCGCCCUUAUCACUGGUAGCGAUGGCAGCAAAGUCCUGACGGUUUACGAUGCGAAUGCAGCCCCCAACACGGUUACACAACUUGUCCUGUCCGAUGCUGACGGUCAGCCUGCGACCACCGGUCAGACCGUCGGCGAACAGCCCAGCCAACCGAAUAAGCGCAAGCGUGAUUUGACUCUGGACAACUGGCCCACAUACAACAGCAGUUCAGCUCCAUCGAUAAAGAGAUCCGAGUAUUCUGUUGCACAAAAUGACCAAGGAACUCUCGCUGUUAUCAGUGGAGGCAACGAUGAUACUCCUGUCAAUGUCUUCAACCAAACCAGCAACUCAUGGGUCGACAACCAGGUUCUGUUUGGUGGACAAGUCCCCCUAACAACGACAUCCGCAUCCAGCUCAUCAACCCUUCCCACCUCGACUAGUACACGUUCUUCCGCAACAUCGUCCGCUGCUGCAAAACCAAAGGAACACUACGACUCCGGCGCGCAUACACGAAAGGUACUUGGAAUUACUUUGGGUCUUCUGCUUGGUCUUCUCGCGAUACUCGUCAUUGCGCUCCUCCUCGUGAGACGUCGCAAGCAACAGAAGAGCAAGGCUUCGGGAAGUGAUGAGAAGGCGGACAGAAUGAGCUUUGCAGACAGAGGUGCUUCUUUCAUGAAAGAGGCUGGCGGCGGCACAGUGAGCGAGGCUCCACCGCAGUUGCCCAAGCCCUUCAUUGGUUCGUAUGAUCCUCGCAGCUCUUUCGCUAUCCUUGCCGGAAAGCUCGGAGCCGAUCGUUUCAGCAAGCGUUUCAGCAAGUUCAGCGAGUCUGAGAAGACUCCUGUUAAUGGCAGCACCAACCCAUACGCAGAUCUGCAAGCUCCCAAGUCUGCUUACCACCACCAAGCCAAUGAUUCGUCAAGCUCGUUGGCCAUCAUCUCUGGCAAAUACGGGAACAAGCACAGCAGAAGUCAUGGCGAGAAGGGCAGUUUCGAGAGCACUACCAAGCUGGUACGAUCGCCUACUAGUCCUCAAAGCUUCGAUGACCACAUGGAAAUGGAGUCUCUGGAUGGUCAGACGCCUAGACUACUUUCUGCUCGUGGUCCCCCACCUGCAAUGUCAUCGCUUAGGGUCGUGCAAAACCAGAACAGGGACACAGAUAUGCAGACAAAACGCAGUUCAGGCUGGUCAAGGUACUUUGCCAACCAGAAUGAAGGCGGCGCAUACGACCCAGCUGCACAAAGCUCACCAAACCUCAGUGCCAAUGCAUCUCCUAAUCUGAGUGAAUCUGACUACACACCCUCGCUACGAAACCCCUCUGCCAUGGUCGCACCUCUCGAUGUGGAGCCCAAGAACCACCUGCAUCCUGCAGACGCACACCACCACCGUCUGUCAGCUGUAGGCAUGGGCAGACCUAGCUUCGCCCACAGUGUUGAGGACUUCUCAGCCCGAGGAGCCAGCUUCGACAUGGUUGAGGGUCAACGCGCUGACUUCCACACUGGUCAGAGUCUGGAAAGCCAGGGCUAUCUUGAUGGAGCCCGCGAGUCGUUCGCAUCGUCAAGACGCCACUCUGCCGACAGUGUAGCUUCAUCCAACUUCUUCUCGCAUGGCGAUGAAUGGCCUGUCGCCACCGCACAAGCAACUCACACCGCUCAAGCUGUGAACAGAAAAGCACCCAACUCGCCUUCGGUAAACGAAGUCCACAUCCCACCCUCACCCGCCGUCUCAGCCUCUGCCUUCCCUCGCCCACCCUCGAGUACCUACACAGCGGACGUAGACCGCGACAGCCGUAUGCACGGUUUCGAAGCCCCCAACGCUCUCGGCCGCGCUCUGAGCCCCCCAGCUGCCGUCGCUAUCCCCGGUCCCGCUGCCCGCGGCAACAGCGGCGGUGGCUUCUUCCCCGGCAGCGGCACACGCGCCAUCCACGACCGCCCUACUCACCCCGCUCUCGCCGGCUCAGCCCGCAAGAUCGGUGCUCUCCACCCCGGCACCCUCGCCGCUCUCCGCUUCACACCCGACCGCGAAGCACCAAAGCCCCCUCAAGCUGGCCUAGGCAUUGAUCAAGGUAGAGAGUCACCCUCAAUGUGGGCUCCUGCCACUGGCGCUCUUUCGCAACGCGAUCGUGAGGAAGCGUUCAGACAACGACUUGAGGCUGAGAGACAGAUGAAGGAGAGAAUGGACAAUGGAGGUGCAGCUAGAAAGACACAAGCUAGCGACAUCAGUUGGGUAGACAUUGGACAGAACUAG